GUGUUCAGUUGAUUCGCUUUAGAUUCACUUUCAUCCAGCGUUUCCAAGUAUCAUUUCAAGGAUGACAGACAGGUGCUGAGUUAAUUCGCAUAUCCCCAUUCUUGAAGACGCCGGCAGUCAUUCAUGCUGAUAUUUUAUUCUGACGUUGAGGAAAAGAAUGGUAUGGGAUAGAACGAUUUCAUUCAAUUUCACUACUGAAUGAAAGAGUCAAGUCAAGUGUAUCCCAGGGUUGCCAAAACUGGGGAUCAUUCUCUUCUGAUAUCCAAUUUCUUGAUACCCUACAUCCGAUUAAGCGCGACCUUCCCGAAGUAUGAACUCUGGUCCCUCGUUUGCGAUAAAUCAUCGGGUCCCCGGACGAUCACGAGAUUCAUUUCAUCUUCGAUUGAGCUUAAUCCCAGUGAAAUUGAAUAAUUCGUGUUUUCACAAGAGAAAAUUUGGAUCGAGGAAAUUCUACCGAACAUAAUUCUACUGAAAAUUUAGUUCUACUGAUUCACUACGUGAAAUAUUUCCUAGUCUACUAGAAUUUCAAUAACAUUCAUCCAAAAUUAAUAGAAAGUUCAGUAAAAAUCCAGUACAAUUUUCCAACGAAGUCAGAGAAUUUUUCUAUGAAAUUUGGCGUGCGAUAUGCGAUAUUUAAUUAAUUCUGGGUGAUUCAGGAAUGGUAAUGAAUGAAUCGCAUUCAUCAAGAGAAUAACAUCAUUAUUAAGCCAACAAUAACAUCGAAACUAAUUUCCCUUGACCCAAUUACAAGAAUAACAGGUCCAGCAACGGCGUGCUUGACCCGUUAAACCACCCUACGUCUUUCCCCAGUCAAUCCACAAUGUUCAAUAUUGUUUAUUGACCCAUCGAGGAAACUCUGUUAUCAGCGAGUCUGCUCUCUUUUCCAUCGAUAAGAAAAUCACAAUUGAAUCAUAACUAAAAAACAGACACGUGUCAGACUGAUCUCAUCCCCCUUCAUAAUAUGUUUAUCCGCAGUAGCCCUAUCGCUGAAAAUAAUGUUGAGUAUUGAUUAUUCUCAAAGUCCCACGAAAAUUUACGACAUUAAAAAACCUUCGCACGUAUCUUUGAGUCAGGGGUCAAUUCAUUAUCGAAGAUCAUUCCCCAAUCACGCACGCGGAAUUCGAAGAAAUUUUCUUAUCCACGUUGGAGCUGCGCGGAUACUGGGAAAUCGGAGUUUGUGGUUGGAUGAGAUGGUUUUAAUUGGUGAAAUAAUAUUAAUUUUCAGCCAUUUUUCUUCGGCUGGAAAUGGGGACGAUUAUUGGGGGAGUCUGCAAUCAUUGCGGGGUAUUACCAUUAAUGAGAUCAAGUUCAUUUGCAUGUGUGGAAAAGUUUAAGAGGAGAAACCCACAACUACAAUUCGUUUCUUCAAUCGAGUCGACUAUUACUCAGCUCACGGAGAAGAUGCUCCCUUCGUGGCUAGGGAAGUAUUCAAGACGACAUCGGCUUGCAAAUCCAUGGGAAUCGCGCCUAAUGAAAUCGAUGGUGUCAUCCUCAACAAAGCCCGAUUCGAGUCAAUCGUUAAGGAGCUGUUGCUGGUCAAGCGGUACCGAGUUGAGGUAUACAUAAACCGAGGAACGAACAAGAAUCAGGACUGGACGGUGGAGUACAAGGGCUCUCCCGGGAAUUUAUCACAAUUCGAGGAGAUCCUCUUUGGUAACACUGAUGUUGCUGUUCGAGCCUCCAUCAUGGCUGUUAAAUUAGGAACAGAAGGAAAAUCAAAGGUGGUGGGUGUCAGUAUAAUUGACACAGUAUCAAUGACAAUUUUUGUCAGUGAAUUUGCCGACGACGAUGCUUUUUCAGACCUCGAGGCAUUGGUUGUGACGAAUGCCCCAAAGGAGUGUCUUAUCAUCGAUGGUGGAGGCAACAAGGACUUUCAAUCACUGAAACGAUUGAUGGAACGCAAUGACGUUCUUGUGACGCCUCGCAAGAAGGCUGACUUCUCCAAGGACUCUCUGAUUCAGGAUCUAAAUUCCCUUCUGAAGUUCGAGAAAGGCCAGCAGGAGAAUGCCCAAGCACUCCCGGAGGCGAGCCUCGAGCAGGCGAUGUCAUCAACAGCUGCUCUCAUUAAAUACCUGGACCUGACGUCCGAUGCAUCCAGCAUUGGGCAGUUCUCGGUGAAGCACUUGGAGCGUUCGCGAUAUUUGAAGCUCGAUUCAGCAGUGAUAAAGGCGCUGAACAUCGAUCCACCCCCUGGGUCAUCAGGUCUUGUGGGAGGGGCUGUCACGAGUGUCCUAGCACUCCUGGACAAAUGCAGAACUCCUCAGGGACAUCGACUGAUCGCCCAGUGGGUGAGACAACCACUCAAGGACUUGGCAUUGAUCAAGGAGAGACAUGACAUUGUCGAGCAACUCGUCAAAGACAGCGAUCUCAGGUCAGCACUGAGUGAGGAUCAUCUCAGGAGAAUUCCAGAUCUCGAGCAGCUGUCGAAGAAACUCACGAGAAAAAAUGCUGGACUACAGGACUGCUACAAAGUUUACAUCUGCAUGCUUAAUCUACCAGUCCUGACAGCUAAAUUGACAGAGGCUGAUGGCUGCUCUGCUAUGAAGGCCAUGAUCACUGAACCACUCACGAGUGACAUCAGUGAUAUGGAUAAAUUCCAGCAAAUGGUGGAGCAGACCAUCGAUCUUGAGGCCACCGACACUGGGAAUUUCCUGGUGAAGGCUGAGUUCGAUGAUGAGUUGAGAGAGUUGAGGGAAACAAUGGAGAAAUUGAAGGGUAAGAUCGAAAGUCUUCUGAAUAAAGUUGCAAAUGACCUCAACAUGGACGCCGGCAAAAAUGUCAAGCUGGAGUCGACCCAGCAGCAGGGUUUCUACUUCAGGAUAACUCUCAAGGACGAGCCCAUUCUCAGGAACAACAAAAAUUACGAGAUUUUUGAGUCGAUAAAAGCCGGAGUCAAAUUCAGGAACGAUAAAUUAACUGAACUUAAUGAUGCGUAUAUUGGAGCUCGAGAUAGGUACGCGAAGCAGCAGCAGAGUGUCGUCACAGAAAUAAUGUCAAUUGCAGCUGGCUACAGCAAUUCAAUCAAGGCCAUUGCAUCAACUGUUGCCAUUCUGGACGUGCUGACUGCCUUCGCUGUCGCUGCUGUUCAAGCCCAAACGACUUUCGUUCGUCCUGAGAUGCUUGACAGCGAUGCUGGAGUGAUAAAUAUCGAGCAGGCAAGACAUCCGUGCCUGGAGGCUCAGCCGGACAUUCACUUCAUCGCUAACGACGCCAGCUUCAAGCGAGACGAAAGCCAAUUCUUCAUCAUCACUGGGCCCAACAUGGGUGGAAAAAGUACCUACAUGAAGUCCAUUGGAGUUUGCGUUUUCAUGGCCCAUCUUGGCAGCUUCGUACCCUGUGAUAAAGCCAGCAUCUCGGUCAUUGAUUGCCUCCUAGCUAGAGUUGGGGCUGAUGAUUCACAGACCAAAGGUGUCUCCACGUUCAUGAUGGAGAUGGUCGAAACUGCUACUAUUCUUCGAACUGCCACCAGCAAUUCCCUCAUAAUCAUCGAUGAACUUGGUCGUGGCACCUCCACCUACGAUGGUCGUGGAGUUGCCUGGUCAAUCGCUGAGUACAUUGCCAAGGAGAUAAAAGCCUACUGCCUCUUCGCCACUCACUUCCACGAAAUAACGCUCCUCGCCGAGGAAGUUUCAACGGUCAAGAAUUACCAUGUCACAGCCCUAGUCGAGAAGGACAACAUCACGUUCCUGUACUCGGUUAAACCCGGAAUUUGCGACCAGAGUUUUGGAAUUCACGUUGCUAAAAUGGUGGAGUUCCCGGAGGACAUCAUCGAGUUCGCCAGGGCGAAGCAGGCUGAACUGGAGGACGGGGAGAAUAUAGAGUUCGAGGGAUACAAAUCCACCGAGGAGAAGAGGAAAAUAAAAGCGGAAGGAGAUAAACUGAUAGCCGGCUUCAUUGAGAAAUGCAAGACUCUGGAUGAGUCUCUUCCUGAGGACGAUUUGAAGAAACAAAUUGAAACGUAUAGGACGGAAAUACUGGAGAUGAAAAAUCCCUACAUUGCAGCACUCGUCGGUAGUGGAUAAUUACUCGACGGUAAUAGUAUUGUCAUUUCUCCCCAGUUCUUCGAUUAUGUUCAGUAUCCCAACCAGAAGUUCAAACUACUCUGUAAGUUCGUCGUAAAUAAAUAGUUUUCCUACUUUUUGUAGAAA